AGAGAGAAGUAUAGAGAGAUAGAGAUGGCGUCAAAGCUCUGCGACUCGUGCAAAUCAGCGACGGCGGCGUUAUACUGCCGUCCAGACGCGGCGUUUCUAUGUCUCAGCUGCGACUCGAAGGUCCAUGCAGCGAACAAGCUAGCGUCUCGACACGCACGCGUGUGGAUGUGCGAAGUGUGCGAGCAAGCGCCAGCUCACGUCACGUGCAAGGCCGACGCGGCUGCUCUCUGCGUCACGUGCGACAGAGACAUCCACUCCGCUAACCCUCUGGCUCGCCGUCACGAGCGCGUACCCGUCACGCCUUUCUACGAUCCCGUCUCCGUCACCAAGCACACGGCCGUUAACUUCUUGAGCGACUGUUAUUUCACUGAACUUGACGGUCACGGUAGCCGCGAGGAAGAGGAGGAGGAGGCUGCGUCGUGGCUGCUCCCGAAUCCGAAGACGACGGCGCUUGCUGUGCCGGGAGAUAGCCCGGAGAUGAACACGGGUCAAGGGUUCAUGUUUCCGGAUCUGGAUCUUGAUUACGGGACGGUUGAUCCGAAGGUGGAGUCUCAGGAGCAGAAUAGCUCCGGCACCGACGGUGUGGUUCCGGUGGAGACUCGGAGGGUUGGUGUCCCGACGGUGAACGAGAAUUGUUACGAGUUGGACUUCACCGGAGGAUCCAAAGGCUUUUCUACGUACGGACAUAACUGCAUCAGCCACAGCGUAUCAUCAUCGUCGUUGGAAGUGGGAGUGGUGCCAGAUGGCGGCUCUUUGGCCGACGUUUCUUACCCUUACGGUGGUCCUGCAGCCAGUGGAACCGAUCCAGGAACUCAGCGGGCUAUUCCGCUGACGUCAGCGGAGAGAGAGGCGAGAGUGAUGAGGUACAGAGAGAAGAGGAAGAACAGGAAGUUUGAGAAGACUAUAAGGUAUGCUUCGAGGAAAGCUUAUGCUGAAAUGAGGCCAAGGAUCAAGGGACGGUUUGCGAAGAGGAAGGAUACGAGUGAGAGCAACGAUGUGGUUGGUCAUGGUGGUAUCUUUAGUGGGUUUGGACUUGUACCAACGUUUUAGAGAUUGUGUGAGAGAGAGAGGUAGACUCUAAUAUGGUGGGAAGGGUUUUGUUUGCUGUCGUUUUAGUAAUAAUGUUUUUAACAACUUUUUGUCUUAAGAAUUGUUUGUGUUGUGUUGUUGAGUUGUUCGUUGUUAAGGGUGGGAGAGGAGAGGAGAAGGAGAGAGUAAGUGGUGUUUGUUAUAUGUAACUUGUUUUGUAUAUAUCAUGUGAUUUUGAACAUGUGUUUUGUGUAUGUAUUGUUUGGUAUCUUACAUGUAUCUAGUCAUAAAACGCCAAAUGCAACAUACAGG